AUUUAUUUCGAAUUGGUGUGAUAAUGGAUUUUGAAAAAGUCAUCCUAGUUGUGACUUUGUGCUUGCUUUUGGCUAGCAGUUAUAGAGCGAGUGGAACACGAAUUUUAUCUGAUCUGGAGGAUUUAGCCUUGGAAAGUCAACUCAAGAGCAUCAACAAACUUCCUAUUAAGAGCAUUCAGACGGAGUUUGGGCAUAUUGUUGAUUGUAUUGAUAUCAACAAGCAACCGAGCUUUGACCAUCCUUUAUUGAAAGAUCAUAAGAUCCAGAGAAUACCUAAUUUUUUACGAGAAAAACCAAAGACUAGAGAUCUCUCUAAGGCUAGACCCUCAAUGAUUGGCUUAGCAAAAGGUGCUUGUCCGUCAGGAACUGUUCCAAUUUGCAGGACAACAAAAGAGGACCUCCUUGCAUCCAAGCUGUUGUUAAAUAAUAUUCAUCCGCAAGCAACAUCAUCUUUAAAUGGUUCCUAUAGUGCAUUUCUUCAAAUGGAAGAUAAAUAUUAUACUGGAAUAGAAGCAAACAUCACCGUAUAUAAUCCUCAAGUUAAGGAGGGACAAACAUAUGCCCAAGUAUAUGUACAGAAUGGUGUUAAUGAAGAUUAUUUUAAUUUAAUCGCGACAGGAUGGAUGGUGGGUCCUGCUAUAUACAAUGAUGGGGGUUCUCAUUUUUUUGCAGUUUACACAGACUUAAAUUACAAUUGGUGGUUAUCAUUUAGAAAUAAGGUUGUGGGAUAUUAUCCAGCUGAACUUCUUUUUAAUUUGAACAAGCCUCAAGGCAUUGGAUGGGGAGGGGUUGCGGUUGGCCCCCCCAAUGGAUAUAUACCACCUAUGGAAUCUGGAUCAUUUCCUGAUGGUAAUCCUCUACAUAGUUCUUUUACAAAUAUCAAAUAUAGAAAUCAACUAAACACGACCCUUGUACCUCAAUCACCCCAUUACCAACUCAUCAUUGACAACCCCAAGUGUUAUGACUUGAAAUAUGAUGGAUAUAAAAAUGAGGAGCUGGGAUUCACCUUUCAAAUUGGGGGCCCUGGUGGACCAUGUCCCGAUUAA